AUCGGAAUUACUACGGGACAACUGUCUGGUGUUCAUACCGUCCAACAAGGUGGGAAAAUUAACACGAAUAAAUAAACAAGUUACAUUAUAAAUUCAAGACCUAGGCAACGCAAUGCUUACGAUGUGAAAACAAUGUCUGGGAUAAGUCCUGAUUGGGUGGAGAUCCUGGAGCCACGCUCUCGAGAGCACAUGUACCUGAACUUGGCCACCAGCGAAUGCGGCUGGGACCCUCCUUUGGGCACCCAGAUUCGUCAGGCCGAUAGUAACCAGUGGUGGGAGCUGUUUGACCCCCAGAGCGGCCGCUUCUACUACUACAAUUCCGUGGGACGGCGGACUAUCUGGCACCGACCCCAGGGGGGUGACAUAGUGCCCCUAUCUCAGCUACAGGCUAUGAAGCACUGUUCUGAGGCCAAGCGGGCCGGGGAGAGCAGAGAGAGGCACUAUGGGGCGGGGAGUACAGGGAGCCAGGGAUGCCGCACCCCUCUUCCAGAGCACCAUGGGGCAGGGAGCCUGGUCAGUACAGGCAGCCAGGGACGCCGCACCCCUCUUCCAGAGCACCAUGGGGCAGGGAGCCUGGUCAGUACAGGCAGCCAGGGACGCCGCACCCCUCUUCCAGAGCACCAUGGGGCAGGGAGCCUGGUCAGUACAGGCAGCCAGGGACGCCGCACCCCUCUUCCAGAGCACCAUUGGGCAGGGAGCCUGGUCAGUACAGGCAGCCAGGGACGCCGCACCCCUCCAGAGCACCAUUGGGCAGGGAGCCUGGUCAGUACAGGCAGCCAGGGACGCCGCACCCCUCUUCCAGAGCACCAUGGGGCAGGGAGCCUGGUCAGUACAGGCAGCCAGGGACGCCGCACCCCUCUUCCAGAGCACCAUGGGGCAGGGAGCCUGGUCAGUACAGGCAGCCAGGGACGCCGCAUCCCUCUCUCCGAGCACCAUUGGGCAGGGAGCCUGGGGCGCCGCACUUCUCUCCCAGAGCAGGAGAACUCCGUCCCCAAAACCCCUGAGAUCCACAGCGAGAGCGUGACCACGGACAUAGGACCAGCUCAGGGAGGCAGCAGCUCGGACGGAACCAAGGAGUCACUAAAGGAGCUCUCUCAGAGAUUGCAGCCUUCCCCAGUGUCUAAGGCAGCCAUAUUGGUUAACGUGAACAGUGUCAGUCGGAUCCAGCCUGGAGGCCCAUCUAGCCCGGCCCUGCAACUCCGUCACCAUAACACACACACCAAGCCCAGAGGCCACCAGACCUUCACCCUCCUCCCCGUCAGCAGCAAGCCCUCGUGGGCCCACGCCUGCUCUGCCCAGGGCUACAAGACCGCUCCCUCUGGCAAGAUGGCUGCCGAUGCCCACUACCUAAGGAAGACGGGCAACGGAAGCUUCUAUCUGGUGUCCUCUGACCCUCCCCAAACCCCAAGCAAUCUCAAGUCCCAGCCCAGCACCCCCAGGUCAGUGUCACCCCAGUAUGCCUCCACACUUCCCCUCUACGAUGACGCGGGAUCACAUUGUCCCAUCUAUGAUGAGCCUCCUGCGGACAUGGAGGUGGAGGGGGCUAACCUCCAUAAUGGGCCUGGUGGUCUGUCCCGCCUCACCCCCACACACAGCCUGCAGAAGCUCAGGCUCCUCCAGCACCCUGGCUCCUCUCACUCAAUCUCUAGGCACAAGAGGAACCCCUCUGACUACAUUCCUGCUGGCCUGGAGGGCAUCAGGCACAUGGUCAAUGUGGACCCCAAACAGGCCCUUCUGUCCACCUCCCCUGGCCUCAACCGCACCCCCACCCCACGGCCGGACCCCCUCUUGGCCCAGCCCCAGAGGGAGUCAGGGACCCCAGUGAUGCCAGGUAUCCUGGAGAAGAAGCAGACAUGGCGGGCCCUGGACGCCAGUGUGUUGAGGGCAAUGGAGGCUCGCCACAACAGGCAGAGCAGCCAGGAAUUCCCCACGCCUCCAGGACUCCGCACCACCACCACCUACCAGGACUCUGGCUACUCCACUGGGCCCUCACCCAGCCUGAGGAGGAAGAGCCGGCGGAGGGUGGGGGCCGGUGGGAGACCAGGCUCAGUGGGCAGCAGCGGGGACCUGUGUGCCCUCAACCAGAGGCUGAUGGUGGAGAUGAGGGAGGUGGUGAGCCGCUCCAACACCAUGAGGGAGAUGAAGGCUGGAGGCCUGGGUGUGCGAGAAGACGUCCCCUCCACCAGCCGUUUGCUGAGCAGGGUAGGUAAUCAUAGCAUCCUGGCCCUGGUGCCGCUGGAGAUGCCAGGGAGGCAGAAGAGGACCUAUGAGAAGGUGGACAGCCUGGAGAAGAGCAUCACCAGCCAAGCCAGCCUCUCCUCACCAGACACCCCCGGACCCCCCUCACAGGCGGGGACCCUGGAACUGAAGGCUCAGUUGGACAGCAAGAAGAAAGGUACGGUGGAUGGACAAACAGGCUCACUGGGCCCCCAUGACAACAGAGAGGGAGGAGGAAUAGGAGGCUCCUACCACCAGCUCUCUUACGCCACCCUGCGCCAGCCCCCGACUACAGACACCUCAGGCAUGGCGGACUGGGCCAUCAAGCACCUGAACAUGCACACCCAGGGCCUGUUCCGCCGCCGUGUCUCCAUCGCCAACAUGCUCUCCUGGAACCGCGGCUCCAUCAAGAAGCCCAUGCUGGUGACCAGCGACCGCGCUGUGAGGAAGGAGGCCUGUGAGAUGUUCAAGCUGGUCCAGGCCUACAUGGGAGACAGACCCUCCCGCCUAGACCGCCGCCACACUGCCCUGCUCAUCAUCACUAAGUGCUGGGGCACGCAGGGCCUGAGGGACGAGCUGUAUGUGCAGCUGGUGAGGCAGACCACAGGCAACACCAGCCCAAGGAGCCUGGCUGCAGGCUGGGAGCUGAUGGCCGUCAGCCUGGCCUUCUUUGCUCCCUCGCCCAAGUUCCGCUGCUACCUGGAGGGAUACAUCCAGAGGCACUCGGAUCCGAGCAGCGACAAGAAACAGGUAACUCAGUUCAUACUAGAGCAGCAAGACAUGAAACUGAAGAAGAACUCAAAGUCCAGAAAGAAACGGAAACAGAACACAGAUGAAGAAGGUCUACCUAUCAGCUCGUACGCAAAGUUCUGCUAUCGCAAACUACAGAAAGUGGCCAUAACUGGAGGCAAAAAGGGUCUUCGUAAGCCCACUCUGGAGGAGAUUGACCACAGCAGACGGGCCAUCGUGACCCCCUCCCUGUUCGGCAGCUCCCUGGACGAGGUGAUGGAGCGCCAGAGUGAACUCUUCCCAGACAGGAAGCUACCCUGGGUACAGGUGCAGCUCUCCCAAUACGUCCUGGCACUGGGAGGGGCCCAGACCGAGGGCAUCUUCAGGGUGCCAGGAGAUAUCGAUGAAGUCAACGCACUUAAGCUUCAGGUCGACCAAUGGAGGAUCCCAGAAAACCUCUCAGACCCCAACGUACCUGCCUCCCUUAUGAAGCUUUGGUAUCGUGAGUUGGAGGAGCCUCUCAUCCCCAUGGCCUUCUACAAGCAGUGUGUCAAUAACUAUGAUGACCCUGUGGCAGCUGUCAAUGUUGUCCAGUGCCUGCCUGAGCUCAACAGACUGGUGCUGUGCUACUUCAUCCACUUCCUGCAGGUGUUUACUCAGCCUGCCAAUGUGUCUGUUACUAAGAUGGAUGUCAAUAACCUUGCCAUGGUGAUGGCACCAAACUGCCUCCGCUGCCAGUCUGAUGAUCCACUAAUCAUCUUUGAGAACACACGCAAGGAGAUGUCCUUCCUGCGCAUGCUCAUCGUUCACCUGGACACCACUUUCAUUGAGGGUGUUGUAUAGACUGACUCCUGCCUUCCCUGACAUCACAUGCCCCAUGGUCACAGAGAGAUUCAUUCUGCUUUUCUGUAUGAAGCCUGCCCCACUCCAUUGACUGGUCUGAAAGCACAAAGCAGCAGCACAUGCACAUGCACUGGAAAAUCAUACUACAUGUUAUGAAUUUGUUGUGCUUAAGAUCCUGGAGUGCAUCUUUAAUACUGUCACUUGGCAUUGGACCCACCCUCUGUUCUACUUUCUGGCUGCAGAGCAAUACAUACUGUAUGUGCUGACUGCAGAGGAGACAUUGUGUUCUGUGAUGGGAACCCCACAAUGAUGGCACUCAAAAAGACUACAAAUUUCUUCACAGGUACCGGUUUUUAUCCAGUUCAUUUUGAUGACUUUUUUUUAACUGAAUGUGAAAUCUAAAUGUCCUUAUGACUGAAUGUGAAGUGCUAUUGUUUCACUGGAUAUGUGGGCUGCUCAGAAGGAGUUUCAUAUGGUUUGUAUAGGAUGGACUUUGUCAUCAGGAAACUGACAAACAGAACCGGGGUCCCUGCCUUAUUUAUAUCUACAUAGAAAUCAUGUUGAUAUUUGGCCUCUUUUGUCGGGCUGUGUGUGUGUUUUUGCGUGCGUGUGUGUGUGUGUGAUGAGGGGGAAAAUAUAUUUAAAACGUCUCCUUGGAAAUAAGCUUGUCUGUGAUGUUUUUAGUAGUUGUAUUAACAAGAGCCUGCAUUAGUCUCAAUGCUAUGUUGAUGAUUUUAUCUGAAGCGGCAGAGUACCACCACAGCUAUUUUAAUAUACUGUACAGUCAGAGCCUUCGUGUCAAAGUACAAACUGUAAGAAAUGCCCUUUUUAGUGGUCUGUGGAGAGGGUGUUCUGCAUUAAAAACCUUCUGGUGUUAAACUGCUGAGGAAGGAGGUUGUAAAUGUAUACUGUCUGGUACAUGUAUGUGUUGUACUGUGUGUAUGGGAGAUCUAUUCAAGACGAUAAACCAAUAUCUCAUUGAAAGAGGCAUAAACAAAUGUAUAAAGUACUACUGUCACAUUUUCUUUGGUCUGUAGAUCUUUUGGUUUAGGUGUUCUGUUAAAAUAGUUUUAGUGAUAACUGCUCUCUGCUUCCCGGUCUACCUGAAAGUCUGAUUUUUACGUGCUCCAAAACUAUGGAUGGGGCACUCCGGUGAUGUAGAUAAGACUGUCCCUGGAGGCUUUGCUAAUGUAAAUAAUGCUUGUAAAUAGUAAGAUCUAUGGGUGUAUUGUUUUAAAUGAUCCAGGGUAAAGGUGAAUAUUCCUGUUGCAAUAGAGAAACAUUUUUUAUUUUUUUAAUUACUGUUCAUUUCCUUGCUGUAAGCUUGCCUUUGAAUAUAGUACUGAUUCAACCACUCGUGUGUGUGUUUAUUAUGUGAACAUAGCCUCUGUUAUUCUAUGGAAGGACUGUUCAUGGAAAAUAAAGGUUUGUUUCAUUGUA